GAUGAUUGACAGCUGUGGCCACGCCCUCUGCCAGUGGCGCCCCGCCUCCUCGAGCGGCAGAGCGCCGCGGGUCGGGGCUCGGUCCAGACCCGGCGCAGCGGCUCUGGAUGACGGGAGGUCGGUUCGAUUUCGACGAUGGCGGUACUUACUGCGGGGGUUGGGAGGACGGCAAAGCCCACGGACACGGAGUGUGCACCGGACCCAAAGGCCAGGGCGAGUACUCGGGCUUCUGGGCGCACGGGUUCGAAGUGGUGGGCGUGUACACCUGGCCCAGCGGCAACGUCUACCAGGGAUCCUGGGCUCAGGGCAAACGGCACGGGCUCGGCGUGGAAAACAAAGGCAGCUGGAGCUACCGGGGCGAGUGGACUCAGGGCCUGAAGGGCCGCUACGGGGUCCGGCAGAGCCUGAGCUCGCCGGCCAGGUACGAGGGCACCUGGACUUCCGGUCUGCAGGACGGAUACGGUGUAGAGACCUACGCCGACGGAGGUACGUACCAGGGCCAGUGGACUGGAGGCAUGCGUCACGGCUAUGGAGUACGCCAAAGUGUCCCCUAUGGAAUAGCAGCUGUUGUCCGCUCACCGCUACGAACAUCACUGGCUUCCCUUCGCAGUGAACAAAGCAACGGCGCGGUUCUGCGUGACGGCCUGUCGGACAGUCCAGCAGGCACACGCGGUGGCUUUGUGCUCAACUUCCAUUCGGAUGGAGAAGCUUCAGAAAAGAAGAAGGGCCUUUUCCGACGCGGUUCCCUCUUUGGUAGCCUUCAGCGACUGCGCAAAUCAGACUCGCGCUCAUCAAUCUCCAGUAAGCGCAGCUCAGCACGCAGUGACACCGCCAUGAGCCACAUCAGUUCAAGUGAUGCUAACUCCACCGUCAGCUUGGGAAAUGGAGACCUGGUUGACGACUACGUGACAUUGGAGGACAAUGUGGACGCCACGACUACUGAGUCCUACAUGGGCGAGUGGAAGAAUGACAAGCGCAGCGGCUUCGGAGUGUCAGAGCGCUCCAAUGGCAUGAAGUAUGAAGGCGAGUGGUUGAACAAUAAGCGCCAUGGCUACGGCUGCACCAUUUUUCCUGAUGGCACAAAGGAGGAAGGGAAGUACAAGAACAAUGUGCUAACUCGAAGUCUCAGGAAGCACUUUAUCCCAUUGAAGAAGGCCAAGAUGAAACAGAAGGUGGACCGCGCCGUUGAAGGAGCACUAAGAGCAGCAGCCAUCGCUAGAACUAAAGUGGAAAUUGCCGUCUCCAGGACAAGCCAUGCUCGAGUCAAAGCUGAGGCUGCAGACCAGACUGCCCGUUCAGCCAGCCAGGACUCCGACAUUGCCAGAAGUGUUGCACGAGAGCUCUCUCCAAGCUUCCAUCAGCCUGGUCCUGACUACAUACGUCAGAAGUAUUAUGACCCCCUAGAGGUGAAGGAACUUUCUGAAGAGGACAAAAUCGACAAAUCUCCAACAGAGAGUCCUCAUUUCUACCGGAAAGGUACCACACCAACUCAGUCUCCAUCUCAGAGUCCAGGUGCCAGUCCUGAUGCCAGUCCUGGUCCCUCUCCCUCUACGACAAAGAAGACCUUUUUUCUGAGUAAAACCCCUGUUCCUGAUGUUCCUGUGAAGCCUGAAGGAAAGGAGAUCAGAACCUCAAAAACGGAGUCUUUACCUGCAGCAGAAUUCAUAAAAUCAGAACCCCAGCCUUUGUUGAAACAGGACGUGAGACCGCAAGAAGUCAGACCAGUCAGCGGUUCCUCCACCGAUGGCCAGAUCCAGUCUCUGUACCACGAUUACCAUAUUGAGACUGAUGUCAAGGUUCUUCCACAGCAGGAUGAUCUUCACCCAUCGGGUCCUGCUAAAGUGUGCCGAGUUGCUUCUGCGACUCCACGACAAGACGCUGUCCAGGUGCUGGAGUCUGCAAAGCCAAAGAGUCUUGUGGAAACCAAGAAACCCAGUGUUGAGGUGACCUCUGAUUUCCAAGAGGAGGAACCGGGCUCUAACUCCAUUGUGGUGGUUCUUGUCAUGCUGUUGAACGUUGGUCUGGCAAUCAUUUUUGUCCAUUUUCUCACAUGACCAAAUGUGAAAUCAGGGGCCUGAGCUCAGCGGGCGGCCCAGCAGCAGCCUGAUAGAGAGACGGAGGAUUAGAACCCCAGAAGCAGCCCUGAGGACUUUGGACUGACCUGGCCUGUGGACUCGGCAUGAAGCUGCUUUUCUGUCUCUUUGCUUCCAU